AUGAGUCAACGAGGCAAUAGCCCGAUGUUGGAUUUGAAGCUGAACCUUUCACCACCAAGGCCUAACCAACAAGUCGAAUCCCCGAAUGCAUCGGUUUCGAAUUCGUCUUUCGAAAUGUCGGCAGAGAGCUCAUGUGUUUCAUCGGAGCCUGAAGACAUGAGUACUGUUAACUACCCCAGCAGCCCGGACACAACUCCUAUGCUACUAGUUGGUUGUCCACGAUGCCUCAUGUAUGUUAUGUUAUCCGAAGUGGAUCCAAGAUGCCCGAAAUGCAAGAGCACAGUCUUGCUUGAUUUUCUGCGUGAGGAAAACACCAAGAAGACAAACAAACUGAAUGGAUGA